CCCGCCCCGCGACGCCCUCCGCGAACCGGGAGAGCGCAGCGCGGGCGGCCAGCAGCAGCCGCAGCUCGGGGGCGGUGCCUGCCCCGCAGCCUCCCCUCCGCGAUCGCGCAGACCCAUCUUUGUCUGGCCUCCGCGCUUUGUUCUCGGCGCCCGUGCCUUGGCCGGCCAGGCCCGCCGCCGAGCAGCCCCUACGCCGCGCUGGCGUCGUCCUCGCCCCCCUCGCCGCCGCCCCCAGCGCGCGGCCGGGCCUUGCCCCCCAUGGUAUCCCGGCCAGAGCCCGAGGGCGAGGCCAUGGACGCCGAACUGGCGGUAGCGCCGCCGGGCUGCUCGCACCUGGGCAGCUUCAAAGUGGACAACUGGAAGCAGAACCUGCGGGCCAUCUACCAGUGCUUCGUGUGGAGCGGCACGGCUGAGGCCCGCAAGCGCAAGGCCAAGUCCUGCAUCUGCCAUGUCUGUGGCGUCCACCUCAACAGGCUGCAUUCCUGCCUCUACUGCGUCUUCUUCGGCUGUUUCACAAAGAAGCAUAUUCACGAGCAUGCGAAGUCAAAGCGGCACAACCUGGCCAUUGAUCUGAUGUACGGAGGCAUCUACUGCUUUCUGUGCCAGGACUACAUCUACGACAAAGACAUGGAAAUAAUCGCCAAGGAGGAGCAGCGGAAGGCUUGGAAAAUGCAAGGCGCUGGAGAGAAGUUUUCAACUUGGGAACCAACCAAACGGGAGCUUGAACUGCUGAAGCACAACCCAAAAAGGAGAAAGAUCACCUCGAACUGCACCAUAGGUCUGCGUGGGCUCAUCAACCUUGGGAACACGUGCUUCAUGAACUGCAUCGUGCAGGCGCUGACCCACACGCCACUUCUGCGGGACUUCUUCCUGUCUGACAGGCACCGCUGUGAGAUGCAGAGCCCCAGCUCCUGUCUGGUCUGUGAGAUGUCCUCACUGUUUCAGGAGUUUUACUCCGGACACCGGUCCCCUCACAUCCCGUAUAAGUUGCUGCACCUGGUGUGGACCCACGCGAGGCACCUGGCAGGCUACGAGCAGCAGGAUGCCCACGAGUUCCUCAUCGCGGCCCUGGACGUGCUCCACCGACACUGCAAAGGUGGGCGCUGGGCUCUGCGCCCUCCACCAGCGCAGGAUGUUUUCCUCGAAGGGGAAGGAAGCAAAGCGAGCGUGUGCGCUCGUGCAGAAAGGGGCACAGGUGAUGACAACGGGAAGAAGGCCAACAACCCCAACCACUGCAACUGCAUCAUAGACCAGAUCUUCACGGGCGGGCUGCAGUCAGACGUCACCUGCCAAGUUUGCCAUGGAGUCUCCACCACCAUUGACCCCUUCUGGGACAUCAGCUUGGAUCUCCCCGGCUCUUCCACCCCGUUCUGGCCCCUGAGCCCAGGGAGCGAGGGCAACGUGGUAAACGGGGAAAGCCACGUGUCGGGAACCACCACGCUCACGGACUGCCUGCGACGAUUCACCAGACCAGAGCACUUGGGCAGCAGCGCCAAGAUCAAAUGCAGCGGUUGCCAUAGCUACCAGGAGUCCACGAAGCAGCUCACUAUGAAGAAACUGCCCAUCGUAGCCUGUUUUCAUCUCAAACGAUUUGAACACUCAGCCAAGCUGCGGCGGAAGAUCACCACGUAUGUGUCCUUCCCUCUGGAGCUGGAUAUGACCCCUUUCAUGGCCUCCAGCAAAGAGAGCAGGAUGAAUGGACAGUACCAGCAGCCCACGGACAGUCUCAACAAUGACAACAAGUAUUCCCUGUUUGCUGUUGUUAACCAUCAAGGGACCUUGGAGAGUGGCCAUUACACCAGCUUUAUCCGACAGCACAAAGACCAGUGGUUCAAGUGUGACGAUGCCAUCAUCACCAAGGCCAGCAUCAAGGAUGUGCUGGACAGUGAAGGGUACUUGCUGUUCUAUCACAAACAGUUCCUGGAAUACGAGUAGCCUUAUCUGUAGCUGGUCAGAAAAACAAAGGCAACGCAAGCCUCAUAAAGUGAUCCUCCCUGCCUCUCCCGCCUCCCGCCGCCUCCCCGGCCUGGUGACACCACCUCCCAUGCAGAUGUGGCCCGUCUGCACCUGGGACCCAUGGGGUCGGGAUGGACCACACGGACGGGGAGGCUCCCGGAGCUGCAUUGAAGAUGGAUGAGAUGAGGGGUGUGCUCUGGGUGGGAGGAGCAGCGUACACCCGUCACCAGAACAUCUCCUGUAUCCUCAUGAUAUGGGGCUGCAACUGGGGCCUCACAGCACGGAGUGGCCGCCGCCUGGCAUUCCCCAGCACUCGGUGUGGAAAGGCCCCUGCCUGCCGUAAGAUUAUGGGUCCAUUAAAGCAGUAAGCUGAAGACACAGCGGCGUAGUAUGUGGGACAGAGGGCCUUGCAGAUGCCUUUCUGUUCAUGUUUUAGUGUUAAAAUACGGAAAGUAUGGAGUUCUUCACCUCCAUUUUCUCAGCGGCUGUGAAGCAGCCUCCAGAGCUUCGGAAGUAAGGACACUACGUCGCGUUUUCAAGUGUGUUCCGCAGGUGACUUAGCAUCAAGCUGCACGUGGAAGCAUCUCGCAGUUUUCUAGAGACAGGCAUUUUCUUAUCCCUCUCCCUCUCCUUUUUCCACAAAGGUGAAUUUCAUAAAUGUAAUACUAGUAACGUGAAUGAAUUACUGAGUUUAUACUGAAAUUUAGAUAACUUCUCCUUUAGUCUUGAGAGCGAGUCUUGCUUUUUAAUCGGUGCCGUUUAUGUUGCUGCCCGCCCUGUGUGCCUGGCUCCUCUGGGUGCCUUGGUGUCUGCUGGGGGCUGGCAGUGGGCGCAGUGGAGGAGAGUCGUGCUGCAGCUCAUCCUGUGUCUCUGUCAUCUCAGGCUGGAGUAAAUGCAGCCUCUGCCGGUGUCUGAUAGGUUCCCUCCCGCAUAUUUUCUUUGUCUGUCCCAUUGCCUGGCGACCACUGCCUGGCAGCCAAGUGUGUUGGUCGCAAAUCUGGAGUGGCCUCUGGUGGAGCCUGCAUCUUGUCUCGUCUGCCUCUGCUUCACGUUUAGUGUACUUUCGGGCAUGGUGGCGGUAAAAUGACAUCGUGAUGGAGCUUGUCAGCAGAACUGAAAGAGAAAGUAGAAGGAUAUGCAUUGUUCCUUGUAAGAUAUUUUGCAUGUAUUUGUGUAUUCAAACAGAUGGUUUGUCCAUUUGUCCACUGAGAAAUUAUAAACUAGGGGCAAGAGGGAGGAAAAGUACUUAAACAUAGUUUAUGAAGCAACUGUGUCUCAGGCUGGCUUGUCCCAGGAGCCCCAGCUGCAUCUGAACUGAGGCUGCUUCAGUCCUGCAGGAACAGGAUCAUCUGUCUCAGGGGUGGGCGGAUGUUUUUAUAGAUAGCCAGGGAGUCAACACUGUCGGCUCUGUGGGCUAUGUGGUCUCUGCCAUAAAUAGUGCAGAAGUGUGGCUAUGUCCAGUACAACUUUUAGACACAGAAAUCUGAAUUGCAUAUAAUGUUCCGUGUCAAGAAAGUUAGAUUUUUUUUUUUUUUUUAACUAUAUAAAAACAUGAAACAUAUUCUUAACUCACAGGCCAUGGAGAAGCUGGUGGGGAUCAGACCCAGCUCCUUAGCUGGCUGGGCUGGGGAGGGGGCGGUGACAGUGGCAGCUGAGUAGCUACUCAUUGCUCAAUGUAGAAAACACGAGAACACAGGACUUGGCAACCACAGCCCGCAGAACCGUCAUGGGCGGCAGAAGCCUUAGGGAUGCGGUUUCUUGCCCACAUGCUCAGUUCAUUUUCUGUUGUCUUUCUGCAUUUAAUUCACGUGGAAGCAUGCUUUAUAAAAUGAAUUAUCAGAGAAACAGAUGGGCUGAGAUUUUCAGAAAUGGCCCCUUAUGACCAAGUUUUGCUGUUUCGAUGACAGUGCUUUGAAGAUCUCUUUUGAGGAUGAGAAGUCUUUUUUUUUUUUUUUUUUUUUCAGAUGGAGUUUUGCUCUUCUUGCCCAGGCUGGAGUGCAGUGGCGCAGUCUCGGCUCACUGCAACCUCCACCUCCUGGGUUCAAGCAAUUCUCAUGCCUCAGCCUCCCAAGUAGCUGGGACUACAGGCGUACACCGCCACGCCGGGCUAAUUUUUGUAUUUUUAGUAGAGAUAGGGUUUCACCAUGUUGGCCAGGCUGGUCUCGAACUCCUGACCCCAGGCAAUCCACCCACCUCAGCCUCCCAAAGUGCUGGGAUUACAAGCAUGAGCCACUGCGCCUGGCCUGUGAGCAGUCUUUUAAUCAGGAACAAAUCUAAUAGGAGAGUUCACUGAAGUUGGCCCACAGGAUUCUGAGCUGGGCAGUGCCUCCCUGAAGGCUUGCCACCUUGGGACGCCCUGGUUUACCGGGGUGUCUUGCGGAAAUGCAGAAGGCAGUGUGUGGGCCUUGGGCCUUUCUGGCAGCUGUCCGGGUUUGGCCAGGCCCUGCCUCCCCUCCCCACUGCCGACCCCUGGUCCCCUUCCUCUUUCCACUUGCAUUCGGGGGUGUCUGCUGUUCUGAGAACAUUAGAACUGGGAAGAGAGGUGGAGUCACAUGCAUUCUUGGUGGGCAUUAUUCUAAACUUUUGUAUCCAAGUUCAUCCCCCUUCUUCCACUGUGGCAUUGCCGUUCUAAGCAGUUACCCCAUGCGUGCUGCUGAAGAGCUGCUCACUGGAGGCAGGCAGCGGCCCCGGCACUGCCCCUUGCAUUAGGUCUUGUGUUUGAUGUGCUCUUGUGAAUUUACUUUGUCAGAACAAAAUAUUUACAUGUUGGGUUCAGGAAUCUCUCCUUUUAGCUCCCCAUCUGGCUAUGAAAUUCAGGAAACCUGUUCUCCCGUUGCCUAGUAAUCGCCCCAUGUAGGUGUAAAUUGUGACAAAGUGCAUCUGACCACUAAGGGGCCCCCUCGGUGACCCCAACACAUUCACAGCAGUGUUAAAAAUGGCCUGUGUUUCGGAGAUGCUGGCUGGCCUUUCAGUGCUUCCCAGGAAGCCACAUGGCCUUUCCCUCUUCAGAUGCCUGAAGGGAGUGCUUUGAGACAGGGGAUGUGCUGGGAAUGUGGGCGGCCUCCCUGCGGCCCCGGGGCCCUCUGUGAGCACUGCAACCUCCCUGGGCGUUCCCUCCGGCGCCAGCGCCACUGCAACAUAUAGACCCGAGUGCUAUUGUAUUUUGGCUUGGUGUGUAUGCUUUUCAUCGUGUAAAAUUGCUGUUCUUUUGACAAUUUAAGUGAUUGUUUUGUUUACUGUAAGUUUGAAAAUAAAAAUUAAGAAAAAAAAUUCCAAUUGACUGUGCUGUGGUUGGAGACUUUAUUCACCAAGCUGUUUACUCUUUCCUUUCCCCUCCCAUUUUGAGGAGCUCUGUGACUCCUCCUCUUCCCCUAAUGCUUUGUAGUCUCUUUUCUGUCAUAAUAAAGCUACAUUUUCUCUGAAAA